AUGAGCAACUUAGGCCACCCUGCGUCUGAAGAAGAGCUUCAAAGGAUGGUGAGACAGGUCAAUUUUGACGGCAAUGGAUUCAUUGAUUUGAAUGAAUUCAUAGAGCUUAACACUACCGACGUGGAUUCAUCUACAAUCUUGGAAGACUUAUGGAAUGCGUUCUUGAUAUUUAAUCUCGAAGGGAACGGAUCAAUUUCACCGGAGGAAUUGCAAAGGGUGCUACAGAGCUUGGGCGAUGAGAGCUCGAUGGCAGAAUGUAGGAAGAUGAUUAGUGGGGUGGAUUGCGAUGGUAGCGGAUUGGAAGCAGCGGUGGUUUUUCUGCUGGACGUGGCUGAAAGGAGGGGACGUGAAGGAAGGGAGAGAGAAAGGGAAUCAGAGAAGACAGGGGCAAACGCUGGACGUGUGCUCGGUUUUUGUUUGGCUGUGAAGCUGGGACGUGGGGGAAAGAAGCUUGGCAGGGACGUGAGCAACAGUUGGGCUUGGACGAUUGCACAAGAGGAAGAGUAG